AAAAAGAGUGGCUGCGAAAAAUUCAUUUCCUUCGUGUGUUUGUUUAGUGUUUCUGAGGUUCUCACUAACUCAACCUCUCUGCCGUUUGUUUUUUUUUUUCUUUUUGUUAAAUCCUUUUGUUGGGUUUACUUAAUCAACGGUGUUUGAUCGACAAGAAACAUCAUAAAGUCUCUUUGACUUUAUCAUUGAUCGGGGGGGAUUCGAACUCGGGGUUGGUGUGUCUCAAAUGCCCGAUAGUGUUCGGAGCAUGAAGAUGAACAUGAAAAGCCUCCUCAAGAAACUCCACAUCACUCCCAAUCAACCCGAUGAAACAACCGACGGAUCAUCAAUCUCAACCAAUAACAACAAGUCAAACGACGUCUCAUCAUCACCAUCUCACCAGAGCCCUGAAGUCAAACCCUUUUCCGGUUUAUCGAAUUGGUUAAGUUCCGUUGGUCAAAGAAAAAGCCCAAGCCCACCAGACUCUUUCAAUGCCAAGAACAGAGCCGUUAACAACAGUGCCGAUGAUGAUGAUCAAGAUACGGUUUUGAGUAAGGAUCCAGAGGUUGAAGAAGAGUAUCAGAUACAAUUAGCUUUAGAGCUUAGCGCUAAAGAGGAUCCUGAAGCUGCUCAGAUCGAAGCUAUGAAGCAGUUUAGUUUAGGCUCUUCCGCUCCUGAUAACUCUCCUGCUGAACUCGUUGCUUAUCGUUACUGGAAUUACAACUGUCUUGGCUAUGAUGAUAAGAUCUUGGACGGUUUUUACGACUUGUAUGGAGUUUUGAACGCUUCCUCAGCUGAAAAGAUUCCUCCUUUACUUGAUCUUCAAGGGACCCCUGUUUCUGACGGUGUGACUUGGGAGGCUGUUCUUGUGAACAGGAGUGGGGAUUAUAAUCUGUUGAGAGUUGAACAGAUGGCUAUUGAUAUUGCGGCGAAGACGGAGUCUGUUUCUUCGUCUAGUUUUGUGAAUAGUGAGCUGGUGAGGAAGCUUGCUGGUUUAGUUGGUGAUUACAUGGGUGGGCCUGUUGUUGAUCCGGAUAGUAUGUUGAGAGCUUGGAGGAGUCUUAGUUACAGUUUGAAAGCAACUCUUGGGAGCAUGGUUUUGCCGCUUGGUUCUCUUACUAUUGGAUUGGCUCGUCACCGUGCCUUGUUAUUCAAAGUUUUAUGUGAUAGCGUUGGUGUUCCUUGUCGGAUAGUCAAAGGACAGCAAUAUACCGGUUCCGAAGAUGUGGCAAUGAACUAUAUCAAGACCGAUGAUGGCAGGGAGUACAUUGUUGAUCUUAUGGGAGAUCCUGGUACGCUUAUUCCAGCUGAUGCAGCUGGACUACAAAUAGACUAUGAUAAACCCGUCUGCUCCACUAGUUCUAGGGACAAUGAUUCAUUUCAUGCAGCGUCUUCCACCAAUGGGACUGAUAUGUCACGUCAACAGAAUGGAGAGUUGCCCACAGGGGAACAUCGUUAUGAGGAGAGAAACCAAACCGCAGGAGGAAGAGAUCUCAUUGUUCGUUCAAAUAUUUCAAAGGAUGUGGCGAAUGUUGAAAAGGCUCCAGUUCAGAAUCUCUCUAGCAGGCCUAUUCAUUCUUUCACUCAUAUGAGAUCACCUUCUUGGACUGAAGGUGUGAGCUCCCCAGCUGCACGGAGGAUGAAAGUCAAAGAUGUUUCACAAUAUAUGAUUGAUGCUGCCAAAGAGAAUCCACGGUUAGCUCAGAAGCUUCAUGAUGUAUUACUUGAGAGCGGAGUUGUAGCUCCCCCCAACUUAUUCUCCGAAGUCUAUCCCCAGCAAUUGGAUGCAACCGUUGAAAUAAAAAAUUUGAAUGAAGCCAAGAAAGAGAAAGAGAAAGGAAAAGAUUUAGAGACAGGUCAUCAGCAAGGAAGACACCAAAACGAUCUUGCUCCAGUGCGGUUUUUGCCUCCAUUACCAAGACUGCAUCCUAAAGCAGAUACACAUGAUCAACAUGAUCAUGGCAAAGUUGUUAGUCAGUCUGAUUCUCCACAUUCUGAAGCAUCUUCUACAGAAUAUGCCAGAACCGUACCUGCUGCUGUAGCCGCAGCGGCUGUGGUUGCAUCUUCAAUGGUUGCAGCUGCUGCUGCCAAGACUGCAAACACAGAGUCCUCCACCUUAGAACUCCCUGCUGCAGCUGCAGCCACGGCCACUGCUGCUGCAGUUGUGGCAACAGCUGCAGCCGUAUCCAGGCAUCUUGAAUUAGGGUCGAAUAGCGAUGGAGAUGCUGGUUCUGGUGGACAUGAGCCUCAAGGAAGUGGGGACUCCCCUCAUGGACCAAAUUCAGGUGAGAGAAUAUCUGACAGAUCUACUGGCAACGAAAGUUCCAAGUCUGAUGCUACACUUGAUGAUGUCUCUGACUGUGAGAUUUUGUGGGAAGAACUUACUUUGGGAGAACGUAUUGGACUCGGAUCUUAUGGAGAAGUGUAUCGGGGAGAUUGGCAUGGGACUGAAGUGGCUGCCAAGAAGUUCCUUGAUCAAGAUCUUACUGGAGAAGCAUUGGAGGAAUUCAGAAGUGAGGUCCAAAUCAUGAAAAAGCUUAGACACCCCAACAUUGUUCUCUUCAUGGGAGCUGUAACCCGUCCACCGAAUCUCUCAAUUAUUACAGAGUUUCUUCCUAGAGGGAGCUUGUAUAGGUUAAUCCAUCGGCCUAAUAACCAGUUAGACGAGAGGAGGCGUCUGAGGAUGGCCCUUGAUGCUGCCCGUGGAAUGAAUUAUUUGCAUAGCUGUAAUCCUAUGAUUGUCCAUCGAGAUCUCAAGUCCCCGAACCUUCUAGUUGACAAAAACUGGGUUGUGAAGGCUGAAUGGAUGGCUCCAGAAGUGCUUAGAAACGAACCUGCUGACGAGAAGGAUUCAAGGUUAAGGCCAAGUUUUGCAGAGAUUAUGGUUACUCUAAAGAGGCUACAGAAACCUGUAACAGGUUCCAACAUCCCAAGACCAGUCCCCAGUACUUCUUCUUUAACAACUGAACAAGAACAAAAGGAUUGA